AUGUUGCUUUAUUUACCACUUCGUCGUCGCACCAUCUUUCUUAUUUUCCGGAGGCUAUCAUCGACAGUUUCGGAUCGAGCUCAUGGUGAAGAGAAUAUUGAAAGGAAACCGACAGAUUACAGGAAACGUGUUGUUAAUCGAAAUACUUCACAUAAAACUGAAAGAAAUCGAAACAUUCAAUUGAUUGUUGAGUACUGUGGAAGGAAAAUUCUCGUAAAGAUGAAACUGCAAUCCUUGGUGUGCCAAAAGGAUAAGAUACAAUCUAGUGAAGGAUCAUGUUUUUUACACUUUUUCAACAUACUUUACUUUAUGCCUGGUUCCGAUUCUUAUGCGUACGAAAAUCCAUGGCCAAAAUUAAACCGUGGUCGUCUGGAUUGGCUAUUUGGUGAUGGCUGGAGAAGGCCACUUGCAAAAGAUCAAGGCGGUCAGAUUCGUCGUAACUGGAUUUGGUUUGGUUUAUCUCCCUAUGAUGAACAUGCUGAUUGGCUGAAAUUUCAUCAAUACAUGUUUGUCUUGUUAACAAUAAUGGUUACUUGGGUGACGCUGUACUUACUAUAUGCUGCUCCUGAUUGGCCACAAGCGAGGGAUUGGGCAUAUCGAGAAGCUCAUUUGGAGAUGGCUCGAAGAGAAAAAGCAGGGUUACCAUAUAUCAGCAAAGACUUGGUUCGACCAGACAAAAUUGUUCUGCCAUCGGAUGAGGAACUUCAGAACUUCGAAAUUAUUAUUUAG